AUGGACGAUACCCACUCCUCAGGAGGGAGAAGUAAAGCCAGGAAAACCUAUUCAGGCAGAGCCAAGGCGAAAAAGGAGAGAGUCCUCCAAGCCUACAGAGUGAGUUUUAUCCACAGUAGAGAGCUCAGGGGCUUAUCGGCAGCUAGGGAAAGCGAGUCGGAUACAAAUGCGAAUGAGGAUGAGGAUGCUGCCGCAAUGCCUCCGCCACCGAGUCCACAGAAAGAGACCACGUCCACCAAAGUUAACGCAAAUUCGUAA